CGGGGAGGGCGGGCGCCCGCGAUGUGCCAUUCGGCGCCUCCCCCGCCGGGCCCGGGCUGCUCGGCGACCGGGCGGCCGCCCUGGUAAGCGGGCGAGCGAGCGGCGCGGAAGGGGGGAGCCCGGCGCGCGAGUCUCAUUGUUUGGGGGGGGGCCGUCGGGGCAUGAGGGCGAGAGCACGGCGGGGGGGGCGGCCAGACAGAGCGAGCGAGGAGGAGGAGGAGGACGCCGAGGAGGAGGAAGGAGGAGGCAAAGAAAAGAAGCGGCGGCGGCCGCGGCGGCGGCGGCGGCGGAGGAGGGGGCGAGGAGGCGCGCGGCCCCCCGCUCCCUCCCUCCCCCCCUGACCCCCGACCCCCGCCGGCCGGCCCCCCGCCCCAGCCCCGGAGGGAGCUCAUGGGAGUAUGAAGGAGAUGGUAGGAGGCUGCUGCGUAUGUUCGGACGAGAGGGGCUGGGCCGAGAACCCGCUGGUCUACUGCGAUGGGCACGCGUGCAGCGUCGCCGUCCAUCAAGCUUGCUAUGGCAUCGUCCAGGUGCCAACAGGACCCUGGUUCUGCCGGAAAUGUGAAUCUCAGGAACGUGCAGCCAGGGUGAGGUGUGAGCUGUGCCCACACAAAGAUGGGGCCUUGAAGAGGACUGACAAUGGAGGCUGGGCCCACGUGGUGUGUGCCCUCUACAUCCCGGAGGUGCAGUUUGCCAACGUGCUUACUAUGGAGCCCAUUGUGCUGCAAUAUGUGCCUCACGAUCGCUUCAACAAGACUUGUUACAUCUGUGAGGAGCAGGGUCGGGAGAGCAAGGCAGCAUCUGGAGCCUGUAUGACCUGUAACCGGCAUGGAUGUCGACAAGCUUUCCAUGUCACCUGUGCCCAGAUGGCUGGCCUGCUGUGUGAGGAAGAAGUGCUGGAGGUAGACAAUGUCAAGUACUGCGGCUACUGCAAAUACCACUUCAGCAAGAUGAAGACAUCCCGGCACACCAGCGGGGGAGGCGGAGGAGGAGGAGGAACGGGAGCUGGAGGAGGAGGUGGCAGCAGCACCAGCGGUGGCAGUGGUGGUGGUAGCACAGGGGGAGGCGGCGGCGGCAGCAGCGGUGGAGGUGGCGGCGGUGGCAGCAGCAGCAGCAGCUUCCUUACUGGCAGGAGAAGCCGGUCCGCCUCGCCGACCACCCAGCAGGACAAGCAUCCUACCCACCAUGAGAGGGGCCAGAAGAAGAGUCGAAAGGACAAAGAACGCCUUAAACAGAAGCACAAGAAACGGCCUGAGUCUCCUCCCAGUAUCCUCACGCCGCCUGUGGUCCCCACUGCUGACAAGGUCUCCUCCUCAGCUUCCUCUUCCUCCCACCACGAGGCCAGCACUCAGGAGACCUCUGAGAGCAGCAGGGACUCGAAGGGGAAAAAGUCUUCCAGCCAUAGCCUGAGUCAUAAGGGGAAGAAACUGAGCAGUGGGAAAGGUGUGAGCAGUUUUACCUCCGCCUCCUCCUCCUCUUCUUCCUCCUCCUCCUCUUCCUCCUCCUCUGGGGGGCCCUUCCAACCUGCAGGCUCAUCCCUGCAGAGCUCCCCCGAUUUCUCCACAUUUCCCAAACUGGAGCAGCCAGAGGAUGACAAGUACUCCAAGCCCAUAGCCCCCACCCCGUCCGCCCCUCCCUCGCCCUCGGCUCCAGAGCCCCCCAAGGCUGACCUCUUUGAGCAGAAAGUGGUCUUCUCUGGGUUCGGGCCCAUCAUGCGCUUCUCUACCACCACCUCCAGCUCGGGCCGGGCUCGGGCCCCCUCCCCCGGGGAUUAUAAGUCUCCCCAUGUCUCUGGGCCUGGGGCCUCAGCUGGUACCCACAAGCGGAUGCCUGCCUUGAGUGCCAGCGCUGCACCGACUGAGGCCACCCCCGACACCGUCCUGAAGGAGAAGAAGCACAAAGCCAGCAAGAGGAGCCGACAUGGGCCCGGCCGUCCCAAGGGCAGCCGGAACAAGGAGGGCGCUGUGAUCUCAGCUGCCCCCUCUCUGCCCGGUGCCCAGCUGGCUGGCUUCACCGCCACUGCUGCCUCCCCUUUCUCCGGAGGUUCCCUAGUCAGCUCCGGCCUUGGGGGUCUGGCCUCCCGCACCUUUGGGCCUUCUGGGAGCUUGCCCAGCCUGAGCCUGGAGUCUCCUCUACUGGGGACAGGCAUCUACACCAGUAAUAAGGACCCCAUCUCCCAUGGUGGUGGGAUGCUUCGGGCUGUCUGCAGCACACCCCUCUCCUCCAGCUUGCUGGGACCCCCUGGGACCUCGGCCCUGCCUCGCCUCAGCCGCUCCCCGUUCACCAGCACCCUCCCCUCCUCCUCCACGUCCAUCUCCACCACUCAGGUGUUUUCUCUGGCUGGCUCUACCUUCAGCCUCCCUUCUACCCACAUCUUUGGAACCCCCGUGGGUACUGUUAACCCUCUCCUCACCCAAGCCGAGAGCAGCCAUACAGAGCCAGACCUGGAGGACUGCAGCUUCCGCUGUCGGGGGACCUCCCCUCAGGAGAGUCUGUCUUCCAUGUCCCCCAUCAGCAGCCUUCCAGCACUAUUCGAUCAGACGGCAUCCGCACCCUGUGGGGGUGUCCAGCUAGACCCAGCAGCCCCAGGAACUACUAAUAUGGAACAGCUGCUGGAGAAGCAGGGCGAUGGGGAGGCUGGAGUCAACAUUGUGGAGAUGCUGAAGGCUUUGCACGCGCUGCAGAAAGAAAACCAGCGACUGCAGGAACAGAUCCUGAGCCUGACGGCCAAGAAGGAACGCCUGCAGAUUCUCAACGUGCAGCUCUCCGUGCCCUUCCCUGCCCUACCUGCCGCCACCCUGCCUGCCACCAAUGGGCCAGUCCCUGGGCCCUAUGGUUUGCCGCCCCAAGCCGGCAGCAGUGACUCCUUGAGCACCAGCAAGAGCCCCCCAGGGAAGAACAGCCUUGGCCUGGACAACUCGCUGUCUACGUCCUCUGAGGACCCACACUCAGGCUGCCCGAGCCGCAGCAGCUCGUCGCUCUCCUUCCACAGCACGCCCCCACCGCUGCCCCUGCUCCAGCAGAGCCCCGCUACUCUGCCCUUGGCCCUGCCUGGGGCCCCUGCCCCGCUCCCACCCCCGCCACAGAAUGGAUUGGGCAGGGCACCUGGGGCAGCAGGGCUGGGGGCCAUGCCCAUGGCUGAGGGGCUGCUGGGGGGACUGGCGGGCAGUGGGGGCCUGCCCCUCAAUGGGCUCCUAGGGGGGUUGAAUGGGGCCGCUGCCCCCAACCCUGCAGGCUUGACCCAGGCUGGCGGGGCCCCCACGCUGCAGCUGCCAGGUUGUCUUAACAGCCUGACAGAGCAGCAGAGACACCUCUUCCAGCAGCAAGAGCAGCAACUCCAGCAGCUGCAGCAGCUCCUGGCCUCCCCGCAGCUGACCCCGGAGCACCAGACCGUUGUCUACCAGAUGAUCCAACAGAUCCAGCAGAAGCGGGAGCUACAGCGGCUGCAGAUGGCCGGGAGCUCCCAGCUGCCCAUGGCCAGCCUGCUGGCAGGAAGCUCCACCCCACUGCUGUCCACGGGAGCCCCUGGCCUGCUGCCCACAGCAUCCGCUCCACCCCUGCUGCCCACUGGGGCCCUGGUGGCUCCUUCACUGGGCAACAACACAAGUCUCAUGGCUGCCGCGGCAGCAGCUGCAGCCGUAGCAGCAGCAGGCGGACCUCCGGUCCUCACCGCGCAGACCAACCCCUUCCUCAGCCUGUCAGGGGUGGAUGGCAGUGGCCCCGGCCCCAAAGCAGGGACCGCUGACAAAGGAGCCUCAGCCAACCAGGAAAAAGGCUAACUCCACUCCUGUUCCUACAUGGAGGGGGCAGAUCCUGGCUUGAGGGGCCCUAGCCUGAAGCAGGCAGGCGCCUGGGCCCAGACACAGAAGAGCCUGGCCCAGAGCCUGUGCUGAGCCCCAGGGAGUGCAGGAGCUCCCGGUGCAGAGGACAGAGCUCUUCUACCUGGCCUUUCCCUCUGUACACUGGCAGCUUCAGAGAGGCGCAGAGGGAGAACAGGCUCUAAGCCUGGCUGGGAGCCCAUGCUCCUAGCAAAUUAGGGCCCCCCCCUUCCCAAGAGUAAGGUGGGCCAUGGCAUGAGUGUGUGUGGGAGGAGUUGGUUGGACCCACAUAAAAUGGAUCAGCACUUGAGUGGAGAGAAGUGGAGGGGGCCCGCGGGCCUGUCCCUGUGUAGAAGUACCUAUGGAAGAAGGGCUGGCCCAUCUGACCUUCAGUUUCUUCCCAAGCUGGGCAGAGGACAGGAGGAAUCGCUUUGACUGUUUCUCCCUGUCCCUUCUGGCACCAAGAGUCCUAAGCUGAGCUUGUAAAAACCUACAGACAGGGGGACUGAGGAAGGGCAGGAUAGCCUAGGACUCAGCCCAGGUUAGCCCUCUUGGGGGCCCCAGUGAUGGGGACACGAGGGAAGCCCUUGAUAUCCUGCUCCUUGUUUGCACUAUUGGCUUGAGGAGUGCGGAGGGUGGAGAGAUGGAGCUGCCUGACUCCACAGAACGAGAGAGAGAGAGAGAGAGAGAGAGAGAGAGUGUGUGUGUGUGUGUGUGUGUGUGUGUGACCGUGUGUCCGUGUGUGUCCGACCAUCUGUCUCUUUCCCUGGACCUGGGGCCACCUAGGGCAGGGAUAAGAAAGAGUGAUGUGAUGGUCAGCACCAGAGGGGGGAGUUCUCAACCUUUGUUUGUACCCUCUCCACCUCACCAACUCUGGUCCCUUUCCAGGGCAUGAAUGGUUAACAAAAACCAGAAUAGUACUCCAGUAUUGGAGAGUAACUGGGGGCUGGGGGUUUUGAAUCAGGGUAAUUAUCCUGCCUUCCUUCCCCCAGGCCCCAUUGGGUCUUAGGGCCCCCUCAGGGCCCCCUUCCCCCACGGAUAGUUUGGUCCUUUCUUGGCAUAAGGGAUUGGGGGAGGGGACAAGGGGAGUAAAGGGCCACCUUUAAGCAAAAGUCUCUCCCACAAUGAGUGGCCCCACCCCCACCAGUGAAGGGAGACACAUGGGCUGACCUAACAACUGUCCUGUCAGCCACCAGCUCUUUCCCUGGGUGUGGUGGUGGUGGGGGAUUCCCCCCCAGAGUGAGAAGGCUGAGGGGGGCGCAGAGAGAGGGCUGGGCGGUUUGUGUCCCUUUCAGAUGCACUGGGUGGAGCCCAGGGUCAGCGUCCAGCUUUCCCUGAUGCUCGCGUCUGUCAGUCUGUGCAUGUGUGCAUUUUUGUGUGUAUCUGGGUUUUUGUUGUCAUUGGGUUUUUUUUUUGGUUGUUUUUUGUUUUGUUUUUAAUAAAGAAAAGAAGAUGUGUAUAUUUUUGGCAAUGACAAAAAAACGUAGUGCAGAUAUAUUUUUGCCUGUGCUGCUCAACUUUUUUUUCUGAUAUGGAAAAUAAUAUUAAUAUUCCUGUUGAUAAGACUUUGUAAGAUAUUAGAGAGCUAAAGACGGGCAGGGAGGGUGGGAGCCUUCAGAGGCGAUCUCUUAGGCAUUUGUAAGGGCUUUCGGGAGGGACAGUGGUGAUGACCUCAAGAAUACUUUUUAUUAAUGCUAAAUAUCAGAAAGAUGUAGUCGAAGUCAGCCUCGUAUCCAUCUUCAUCUAUUAAGCUCUUUAACUCCCUGCCCCAAGCCACUGAAAAUAACCUUGAGAAACUCUUGGAAGAGUUUCACAUGCACACCCACGCCCUUGCCCAAGGCUGGCCCUGCUGGGAGCUGGAGUCUUGUUCUGAUGUCUAGAGGGACAUUCAUGCCAAGGCUGGGGGGCUGUGUGGAAUGAGGGGGAAUGCCUUGGUGCACUGGAACCAAGUGCCCCCUCCCCCCAGGACGCUCUUCCCUCCCACCUCUAAUCACCUUGACCUCCAGCUUUGCCAAGCCCUUGGAGUUACUCAGGCUGGAAGGCGGCCCUAGCAUGUAGUCACCUUUGAUUUGAUAAGGGCCUGAGCUAGGCAUGUCUUGGUGUUGCUCCUGGUAGUGACUCUUCCUUCUGGCAGAGCUUCAGCAAGAAAGCUGUAAAGAGCCUCAGGAGGAAGCAGGACACAGGCUGAAGGAUGGCCAUGAGAAUAAGGGUGGGAAGGAUGCAGAUUUGUGGAGCUCUGUCCGGGAAGGGGGAGGGGAAGGAUGUGGUUUGGAGAGCGGAAAUGGGGUUUGAAGAUGCAUGAGUGGAGUAUGGUGUGCCACCACACCCUCACCAAGGGGUUGGGAGUGGCGUGCUUGCUGCACACCAGGUGCCAGCCAAGGAGGGUCACAGCUGGUGGGUGAAUGUCAGAGCUGGAAGGGACUGUCUUAGAGGGGUUGGGGCUGUCUCCUGCCUUCACAGAUGGCAGCUCCACGCCUAGAAGGCAGGUGCCCAGUGCAGAGCAGGGACCAGCCUCUGCAGCCCUUCUCCUGGUCUGCAGCUCCCGGUCCCAGUGCAUGGCCUGUGGGCUUCAUGGCCGGCUGUCCAUGUCCACCCUGUGUGAGUGACUGUGCGGUAUGUGUGUGGGGCUAUGCCCAGCGUGGGAGGCUGCCUGUGUAGCUGACUGUUGUAGCUCAGAGCUGAUGGAUCCUCCAUAGAUAUGACACUUUAAGGGUUGCCUUUUUAAAAGUUUUUUUUUUCUUUUUUCCUCUUCUUUCUCUCCUCUUCCCCUGCCCCCCCCCCUCCUAUUUGUGAGGUUUCACCUCUGGCUCCUGGGUUUAUUGCUGCCUCUAGGUGUCCUGUAUGCAGAGACCUAGAGAAGAACCUGCCUCCAGACUAGGUAGGGCCCAGACAAGUAAAGCCCUGGCCAGGAGGUUCCAGGCAACUCUAAAGAGUAACCUUUACACUUCCCUUUCCCAAGCUGGAAAUGCUGUCAGGUUUUCAAAGAUAUGCUUCCCCCUCUCCCCACCCCCCCAUCCCCCCCAGCUUCCAGUGUCUUCCUUGGUGUGCAGUGGGCCAGAGGGAGGGGUAGGCAGCUUGCUCAGUUCUUUAUCCCAGCUUAUUUCCUGGGGAGAGGUGCCUAGAGGGGUGGAGGUAACUCCAACAGAGAGAGGCGGUCUCCCCACCAUGUUCACCUGGAGUGAAGGCGUGUCUAGCUCCCACUAGGACACUGUGAUCUACUGACUCAGGGGGCACUUGGAGUGCCCUCGACUCUCCUCGGUUCCCUUUCCCCAGCCUAAUUUAGAAUUUAGGGUGGUGGGAUUGGAGACCCAAACCUGGGGCCUUCUACCAUCCCAGCCUGUCUCUUAGGUAGUCCACCUUCCCUUGGGGAGGUGAGCGGGGAACCCCGCGGACUGCAGACCCAGGGGCUCCUUUUUCACUCUUCUGCACCCUUUCUGUCUGUCCUCAGUCCGAAGGGCAGCGCCCCCCCCUGCCACCUCCAAGCCUGGAAUUGUGCAUAACCCGGAUCUUGUAUCUUUGUAUAACGGAUGUUAUUUGUACGAAGGGCGGUUCCUACACAGCACUUGUUCUUUUAAUAAAAGAAUGUUUUACAAAAAAAAAAAA